AUGAUCCAGUUCAUGUACGGCAAGAAAAUUGGCAUCCUUGGAAGCGAGAGUUCGUGCGAUCAACAAAUGCCAAACGAGACUGAUACGGAAGAUUCCAUACCUGCCGGAAAGCCGCCACGGUCAGACCUCCAGGAUCUGAUGCGACUGAGCACCAUAGCCGACUACUACGACGUUGCCACCUUGCGUGCGCAAGUCAACUUGGAGAUUCGUGCCGUCCUCAGCAACGCAUGGGUACCUACCGAUUUCAUCGUGGCAGCCAAGAUGGCAUACGCCGCGACGCGCGAUGUCGAGCUGCAUAACGUAUUUGUCGAGUUCGCCGCGAGAAACAUGGAGAGCCUCUGGAUACAUUUCGACAAAUUCGUGGAGCUUUUUCAACUGCCCGGUUUUGUUGCAGAGUUCAAGAAGCAGAGUGGCAACUUGUUCAAACCAACGGCGACGGAGUUGCAAUUGCUGCGGACCUUUGCGGCUGACAUGGAAUCAGCGUUCAAUGGCAAGCAGCGCCGCUACUGCAUGUAG